UGAAACGUGAUCAGCACGCACUGCGCAUGCGCCUCAGCGUCACCUCCACCCGGAAGUUCGCCAGAGAGCGGCAGAGAUGGCGGGAGUUUGAAAUAAAUCGCAACAGCUGAGGUCAUAUUGUGAACUUAAAGAUUGAUGAUGUCAUCAGAACCUCACGUCCGUGCGGCUCCUGAACCUCUGCGGCUGGAUCCGGUCCGGACCACAGAACUGGUCUGCUCUGAUCUGGACCUGUCCGUCACUCUCACCCCUGAAAGACCAGCAGGCCGACGCCGUCGACAGGUGUGUUUUAGUGUGAGUCCGCAGCGCAACGGUCAUUCGGAGCAGGAGCUCAUCCCAGAACCCAGAAACCAUCAACCCACAGCCAAAGACGAGCAUGGUCAUGGGUUAGAGAACGCGAGGGUUCGGGUGAGGGGCGGAGAGCCGCUGACGGAGGGGGCGGAGCUAAACAGCACCCUGGCGCUGUGGGCGGAGCUUCAGGAAGUGGAGAAUCAGGUGUUUGAUCCUGAGAAAGCCGUGAGAGCGAAAUUACAGAGUUCAAGCCUCACAAAGAACCACAUCAGCAGCAAAGCAGCAGAGGGCCUGAAUUUCCCUCGCUCUCAGCUCCUGUACCGGGCCUUAGUCAGCGUCAGCCAAUCACACGAGCAGCUCAUUAGCCAGGCCCUGCAGGAUAGGCCAGCGCUGGCCCCGCCCACCACCACACUGACCAAUAAGUUCCCGUCUCUGCCACUAGAGGCUCCUGAGCUGCUGCAGUUCUACAGUCCUGACAAGCUGCUCAGAGAGACUCCGCUGUUGCCUGGCGACCGCAUCUCUGUACCCCGCCCACGGCCUGUGCCUAGACCCGCCCACACAACCUUUCACCUACAUCAUCGGCACAAACUCUGGGAGUAAUGAACUCUGUGUGUGUGUGUGCAUGAGUGCGUGUGCGUGCAUGUGUGUUGUGUGUGAGUGAG